AUGGCAAGCUACCGCUUCCUCGUCCAAAAGCUAUCCGGAUUCUUCGUGGGCUACGAGCUCCUCCAUGUCCCGCGCGCAAAGAAUGAGGCGGCCAACACGCUCGCCAAGAUCGCCUUGUCCCGGCAGUCCAUUCCGUCCGGCGUCUCCCUCGAGCAUCUGCACAACCCGUCCGUCAAGCCGUCUCCGGACUCCGAGUCCAUCCACGUCCCAACCGACCCGGCCGCGCCUCAACCCGGCCCGGGGACUGCUCCGACCGACCUGGCCGCGCCUCAACCCGGCCCGGGGACUGCUCCGACCGACCCGACCGCGCCUCAACCCGGCCCGGGGACUGCUCCGACCGACCCGGCCGCGCGCCUCAACCCGGCCCGGGGACUGCUCCGACCUACCCGACCGCGCCUCAACCCGGCCCGGGGACUGCUCCAGCCAACUCGGCGACAACUCAACCCAGCCUAG